AUGCCUGGUGCUAUAUUCCAUUCCUUUUGGAACCGUGCUGUGGGUGAUAAGUUCAGUGCAAUAUUGCUAGAAGCUCUAGAUUCAGAAGGUCGCACACCAGAACUUGAAGACCGGGCUAAAAAUGAGCAGCGCAAGGUUCGGUUCUCGUAUAUUUGCUCCAAGAUCAUCGCAUCCGAUAUUUGGAACCACACCUUUCAAACUUUUGCUCAGGUAUUGUGUGUGGCGGAGAAACCCUCGAUAGCUCAAGCAAUCACAGAGAUAAUCGAUUUCAAAUCAAACUGCAACACAUUCUUCUUUUGCGUGGGUCAUCAAAAGCGACAAUCACCAAAUAGAUAUCAAAUCAGCUUUGCCGCCACUUCGCUCUUGGGCCAUUUAACUCAGUCUGACUUCGAUGCACAUCACAAAAAAUGGUCAAAUUGUGACCCGUUUGCCUCGUUCGACAUGCCAAUCGAGCGUUUUGUCACCCCUACAGAUUGUGAUAGAGAAGGCAAGCACAUCGGUUCUGAGAUCAAGUCCGUAUGUCUGAAGGCCAACCGGAACAUUACUGUCUCUUGGGCUCGCUUCAGUGUGAUCAUCCCUGCGUGCGUAUCAAGUUUCCCCUUUACAAGGCUUCACUGUCAAUUGAAAUGA